AUGUUGUCGUGGUGGGAGCAGUUCCUGGAAUGGCUGAGGAGUUUGUUCUUCCUCAAGGAGAUGGAGCUGUCCCUAAUCGGGCUCCAGAGUGCUGGCAAGACUUCCCUUGUCAAUGUGAUCUCCACGGGCGACUACAAGGAGGACAUGAUACCAACAGUUGGUUUUAACAUGCGGAAGGUGACCAAGGGGGGUGUCGUCAUCAAGUUGUGGGACCUUGGCGGCCAGCCUCGCUUCAGGGGCAUGUGGGAGCGCUACUGCCGUGGCGUGCAGGCCAUCGUCUUUGUCGUGGAUGCCUCCGACCUCGACACAAUCGAUGACGCCACCCGGGAGCUGCAUGGAUUGCUGGACCGCCCGCUUCUGGAAAACAUCCCGCUGCUAGUGCUGGCAAACAAGAACGAUGUGCCAGAGGCGGUGGGGGUGGAGGAGAUCGUGAGCAGGAUGAACCUCAAGAGUUUGACGAUGCGUGAGGUCGCCACCUACAGCAUCUCGUGCAAGAGCAAAUCCAACAUCCAUCUGGUGCUGGAAUGGCUGACAAAGCACGCUAAGUGA